GCUGACAAGAUACCAAGUAUUCCUUGGCACUCCACGAUUCCGCCCCUGGUCUUUAAGCCAUCAAGCAUCUUCUCCAACGUAGCAUUAGAAGCAUAUAUACUGAGGGUGUACAGCUUAAAUAGGCUUUUAAUGUUGGAAUAUGUUUCGUUUUAUAGAUCUGAUAUAGCGGUCAGAAAUUCUUCAACUAUAUAUCCGAGAUGAGUAGCAGUAUCAAAAGCUCGAUGCUUAAGCAUUGGAGGAAUAGUAGCAUCUCUCUUGGCCGCAGCGGAAGUAAGAGGGAAAAAAGCGAAAAGAAGGCUGUAAAGAGACAGUCUACACAUGCCGUCGUCACCCCUCUCAGCACGAUCGAGUCUCCCGAAUCACCAGCAGAAAUAAUGGACACCGAAGUCCACGAGGAGCGAAUAGAUGAUAGUGCGGCGACAACGAGUGAGGCCACGCCCCCGUCAAAGGGUAUUAGCCUUCAGGUGACAGUACACAUUGCACCCGAGAACGUCGAAAGGUUUUUAGUUGCGUUCAAGGCUAUCUUCGACGUUGUGGCUGCCGAGCCCGAAUGUCUUUUCUUCGAAGUUUAUAAGUCCGUGGAAGAGCCUGGGAAGUUAAGCUGGAUCGAAAACUGGUCAAAGGAUAUACAAUGGUUCCUAGAGCACCAAAUAACCAAGCCGUACUACAAAGAGUACCUGGAGUUUACCGAGCCCAUGUUUCUUAAGCCACGGGAAGCUCGCAUCUUAGAACCCCUAGGACCCGAAUUCUCUAUGAUUAAGGGGGGCCGACUGGGGCAUUGACAUUAGUUUGCAAUUGACGUUUGACCACGACGGUAUUCCAUGCUGAUGAUGCCAUACCAUAUUUAAUACUCG